ACUCUUCGGCGCGUGACCGUGUCCCGCACAUGCGCAGUAACUAACGUGCGCGCGAGUGCUAUCCUUGUGAUACUCUGUGGAAUACCUGUGAUCUUUUGGAUACUUUCUAUUGGAGCGUGGUAACUAAAUUAGGAAGGAUUCAAGAACAAACGCAAAAUUAGUGCUAUGUUGUAGUGCUUGAGUGAUAAAAAUGCAGUUCAGAAUGACAUCGCGGCGUCGACGUCCGCUCGCGGCGUUGGUCAGUGUAAUACUGACCAUUUUCAUGUGUGCAAGCGCCGAAGUAACCUCGGAACUGGCGAGAGAGGAGCAACACAAGUACACUAUAGACGAGCUGUUGUCAAGACACUUUGAACAUAAAGACUCAGGAGACCUUGGAAUGGACCCUUGUAAAGCUGAAAACUUCCAAGGAGACAUCGCAAUUCCAGACGCAGAUUAUAAAUACAAACCAGUAACCAGUGCACCAACCACGUCCAAAAUCAACAAGUCCUUACAAGAAGAAGUAGAGAGACUAAAAAAAGAAGUACUGCUUGAAGGUCUACAAGUAGAAGAAGAGGGACUCCCGGAUAUUCUGAGGAAAAGGACAAAACAACCAGUACCGCUAUCACAAGAGAAACCAAAGAAAUACAAUGACGCUUCUUUGAUGACUAAGACAUUACCAUCAGGCUUAGAUAAGUCACUACUAAUGAAGAAUGGAAAGAUACCACCCGGAGAAAUGAUCGAAAACCCUACGAAUCUAGCCAACCAAAGCAAACUCGACCACUUAAAUCAGACUACUGUAGUCGAUAACCUUACAGAAUCUGAAAGUCUUGAACAAGAUGGCGUUCUAGUAGUAAACGUGUCCACUGAUAGCAUUUUAAAUUUGGACGAGUUAUAUCCUCAUAUUCAACUGUCAAACAUUUCCAAUAAGAUGGAUGAGGUGACAAAUAAAAUUCAGAGUAAUAGCCGAGAAAUCACCGGAGACUCAAACAAUAAUCUCAAAUUCAAAGAUCUACCAGAUAAUGUAACAAUAGCACCUGCUCCUACCAACGGAGUUUUACCAUCAAACGAAGAAGAAGAAGAUGAUAGAGAAGUGGACAACAAAAGAAGAAAAGAAGUAGAGAGGAAGAAAGAAGUAGAUGAAGACUUGUUGAAGCCUACUGAAAGCCUGCAGAGUUUGAUAGAAGAGACCACAAGUAGGAGACGACGGAGAAGAAGAAGGCAUGGAAGACGACUCAGAAACAUCCAUUCUGGCGAAAGAAACGGUCUGAACAAAGUGAAAUCCUUAGAUGAAAGCGACGGAGGAACACAUCACGCAAGGAAAAAGUUUUUUCGACAUCAAAAGAAGUUCAAUAGCCAAGAACAUAGAUCCGACGAACGGAGAUUUGAAAUACCUGAACAUGAGUUCGAAGAGAGGUUUGAAGUGAAACCACCUAAGAAAGACAAGAAGGAAAAUUCUUCUGACAUAGAAGACAGUGAUCAAUUUAAGGGUUGGUUUUUUCGUGACACAUCCGAAGACUUAGAAGCAGCUGAGAGUAACUUCUACAACAGAACUGAGAGGACGAAAAGACACCGUUCAAUUCGUGCAGCAACCAACAGAAAGGAGCGUAUUUGGGAGAAUGGUGUGAUACCGUAUGAAAUUGAUGGAAACUUCAGUGGAGCUCACAAAUCUCUCUUCAAACAGGCUAUGAGGCAUUGGGAGAACUUUACUUGCGUCAAAUUUGUCGAAAGAGACGCUGAUUUGCAUAAGGACUAUAUAGUUUUCACCGAAAGACCUUGUGGUUGCUGCUCAUUCGUCGGUAAGCGCGGCGGCGGGGCUCAAGCUAUCUCCAUCGGCAAGAACUGCGAUAAGUUCGGCAUUGUCGUCCACGAGCUCGGCCACGUGGUCGGUUUCUGGCACGAGCACACCAGGCCGGAUAGAGAUCACCACGUGCAGAUCAUCAGGGACAACAUCAUGCCUGGUCAAGAGUACAACUUUAACAAGCUAACAGAAGAAGAAGUGAACUCUCUUGGACAGACAUACGACUAUGACUCCAUCAUGCACUACGCUAGGAAUACUUUCAGUAAGGGAACGUACCUGGAUACUAUACUGCCUCUAGAAGUCCACGGGAAGAAACGACCGGAGAUCGGGCAGAGAGUGCGCUUGAGUGCCAGCGAUAUCGCCCAGACUAAUCUUCUUUAUAAAUGCGCAAAAUGCGGUCGGACCCUGUUAGGCAACUCAGGGUGGUUCAACUCUCCGGGCUGGGGGUCUGAGACUCCUCCAACGACCCCUGAAAGGUGCGAGUGGCGCAUCGUCGCCACACAUGGAGAGCGAGUCGUGCUCAAUAUUACUGAAAUCGACAUACACAAGUCUGAAGACUGUCGCUGGGAGUGGGUCGAGGUCCGUGAUGGCUACAUGCCUGACGCUCCAGUCCUGGGGCGAGUUUGUGGCUCCGGCAAGGGCCCAGUACUCCGGUCCACUGGGUCCAGACUGACAGUGGUCUACCAGCCGGGACCAAGGGCCAAACCGCAUAAAGGAUUCAAGGCACAUUAUGAAGCUGUAUGCGGAGGAGAUAUAGAAGUGGACAGCAGCGGACAUCUGGAGUCACCGAACUAUCCUGAUGAUUACCAACCGAACAAACUCUGCGUGUGGAGGUUAUCAGUGCCACAGGAUUAUCAAGUGGCUCUAAGGUUCCAUUCUUUCGAAGUUGAGAACCACGAUACAUGUUCCUACGACAAAGUGAAGGUCCGCGAUGGAGACUCUAUGGACAGUCCUCUUAUUGGCAUGUUCUGUGGCCACAAGAUUCCCCCUGAUAUCAGAUCAACCUCAAACAAGCUCCUAGUGAUCUUCGAAUCAGACAGUACAGUCCAGAAGGCAGGGUUCUCAGCAACCUUCAUGAAAGAAUUUGACGAGUGCGCGUCCAUAGAACAUGGGUGCAGCCAUUCCUGUGUCAACACACUUGGAGGGUACGAGUGUGCUUGCGAUAUCGGAUACGAACUGCAUUCUGAUGGGAAGAAAUGCGAAAAUGCAUGCGGAGGAGUCCUAUACGCUUCGAACGGGACUAUUACUUCGCCAUCCUUCCCAGAUCUGUAUCCUCCAUCGAAGAACUGCCUGUGGGAAAUUGUUGCUCCACCGCAACACCGGAUCACGCUUAACUUCACUCAUUUCGACUUGGAAGGGAACAAUAUGUAUCAACAGGAAUGCGAGUACGACAGUGUGACCGUGCAUUCAAGGCUGGGAGCAGACGUACUGAGACGUCACGGCGCUUUCUGUGGCUCAGCGCUUCCACCUCCAGUCACUUCUGAUGGCUCCGUAUUACGAGUACAAUUCACAUCAGACGCGUCCGUCCACCGGUCAGGGUUCGCAGCAGCUUACUAUAUCGACGUGGAUGAAUGUGCUGAGAACAAUGGAGGCUGCCAACACGAAUGCCACAACACGCUGGGAGGGUUUGAGUGCGCCUGCCAUAGCGGUUUCACCCUCCACGCCAACAAGCUUGACUGCAAGGAGGGAGGGUGCAAGCAUGACGUCACACAACCUCACGGGACUAUUGUCAGUCCAAACUACCCGGACCUGUACCCAGCGAGGAAAGAUUGUGUGUGGCAGUUUUCCACAACCCCGGGACAUCGCAUCAAGUUGAUCUUCAACGUAUUCGAAUUAGAACCUCACCAGGAAUGCGCAUACGAUCACGUAACCAUUUAUGAUGGCGCGUCAGCCGAUGACAAGACCCUGGGCCGGUUCUGUGGCAGCAAGCAGCCACACCCGGUAGUGGCCAACCAGAACCAGAUGUACGUGGUCUUCAAGUCCGAUGCGUCCGUGCAGAGGAAGGGCUUUUUGGCUACUCAUUCCACUGCGUGUGGAGGCUACCUAUCAGCAUCUGAGUCUGUCAAGCACCUGUACUCUCACGCCCGCUAUGGCGACGACUCCUACGAGUCACGAGCCAACUGUGACUGGAGCAUCGUCGCGCCAACGGGCCACUUUGUUCGGCUCACCUUCCUCACCUUCGAGUUGGAGCCUGAAGCGAACUGCGACUACGAUUAUGUCCAGGUCUUCGGUGGUUUGGAAGGCAGUGCUGGUGAUUACGGGAAGUUCUGUGGUACUAAGAUGCCACCAGAAAUCGUAUCUACAACCGAAGCUCUUAUCGUAAGAUUCCGAACAGACGACUCUAUAGUUUUCAAAGGAUUCUCUGCAUCGUAUCAAGCGGUGAAGCCGGAGGUGUGGAGUGGAGAAGACAGCUCCGAAGGCGGGGAAGACGAGGAAGAAGAGGAAGAUGAGCGGAUGCCGCCCCUAGUUGUCGGCCGGAGAGGGCUCCGCGCGCCACUCCCACGCUUCGUCCGCAGGCCCACGUGACGGUGGCCGCUACCACGACACCCGAGACACAGGCGACCGCACACCAACAACAACCGAUUUAAAUAAAACGUUUAUAGAACGACCUUUAGUGAUUCCGAUUGUUCAGUGUUACCAUUUUAGUAAAAAAAUUGGUGUAUUUUACAAAUGAAGGAUUUUACAGGCUACGUUCCACAAAAACAAUAUAGAUGGCGCCGUAAAAAAUGCCUUCGUUUAAAAUUCUAAUUUCAUGGAUAACAGACAUUAUGCAUCUUUUAUCUUUAUUUUUGGUAUAAAUGGUGACCCUUUUUAUUACACCAUUAUUAUUUUAAUCAAAAUAAAGAGAAGCAAUAUAUGUAGUAACAUAAUUCUAUACAUAAGCCGUUGCAAAUUUAAAGUAACGGUUAUUUUUAUAAGUUCUUACCAUAGAUAAUUAUGUACCAGAGUAAUGAGAAAAUUGGUAUUUAUCACGUUAAAUCUGGACAGCGCCGUCUAUAAUUAUUUUUGGGGAACGUAGCACGGAAAGUCCUUCAUUGGAUACUAAAAAUAAGUAGAAAAAAAAGGCAAAAUGUUAUAAAAAUAAUUCAUCGUAUGUGUAGUUUUUUUUUUACAUUACGCAAGAUUUAAAUGGUAGAUUGAGGAGAAAACGAGGAUUAUCAUUAUGUUCAAACUUAUCUUUUACGACUGAAUGAAAAUGUAAAUAUUCCUAGUCUAGUUUAGGGUUUAAAAUACUUAACGAUAAUUAUAGUGGUUACCAAAGUAAAUACUCAGAAAGAAACCCUUGUAAUCAUUAACUUUAAUUUUAACCAUUGUAAGUUAAUUUACAACCAAAGAUGAAACAUCAUUGUUCAUUUCUAGUGCCAUUUGUGAUUUUGAGUACAUUUUUAUGUCUAUGUAAUUAUGUCGGUAUGUAAAUAGGUAGAUACUCACAUAUCGAAUCAAAGUUACAAUUUAAACAGUAAUAAUUUUGUGUUUUACUCUGUGUUAAUUAUUUUAUAGGGACAAUAAUUAAUAGCGUUGAUUCUGGCGGGCAAGCUUAUAAUCACUUUGACAUAUCUAAAAAUAAUGCCCGCUUCCACUUAAACUUACGCGAGAAAGAGAUAGUUAAUGCUAGUUUUGGAACUGUCAAAUUAAACUUAAAAUUUUGGCCCGCUGAAUAAACCUACAUCGCCAUUUAAAGGUACAUUUCGUACUUAAAUGUUACGUUAUUUAAUUGAAAAUAGCAUAUUGAAUUGAAUGCAAUAUGAUAUCUUGUAUCCAGACAUACCUAAUUAAGUAACUCAGUCAACAAUUAUUCAAUAUUUAUAAAAGCACAAUUUAGAAUAAGCUAUGGUGACAAUAUGUAAAAAUAAGAUUUUGACUUCAUUGUUAAUAAAUAUUCGGUCAGGUCCAUAUCAGUAAUAUCAGCUAACUUUACAAUAUUUUUAACAUUAAAAUAUAAACUUAAUGUUGUAGACAUGAAUAAUUGUGUUCAAUUCAUUUAGAAAUGACAAUUAAUACCAAAAGCUAGUUUAAAUAAUUAAUAGGUACUCUGUGUAAGUAGAUUAUGUUUUAUGGAAUUUAUCAAUAUUAUGAUAUCGUUAUAAUUAUUAAAUGUGCCAAAAUGGAUACUUAGUUAUUUGAAUAAAAGUAAUUAUAAAUUAAUAGGUACAUAACAUACAACUAGCGUUUUGUAAAAUAGACAUGAGAAUAUUUAUACGUAGUCACGAUGUUAUCAUCAUUUUUGUAAUAAAAUUUUGUGAAAUCUCA